GCAAGCGAAAGUCCAACGUCAACUGUCGGCGACCGCAACCUGGCUCCUUCUCCUGCUCUUAUCUCCAGCCCAGCCGUUCACCACCGCCAUUUGGCCCAUUUUGCACCCUGCCUCGUGCUGCUACCCGAUCCGCAAAUCCAUAGUCUGAGGUUCUGAGUCGAUUUUCACCAUGUGGCUCAUUAACUGGUUCUACGAUCUCCUGGCCUCCCUUGGCCUGCUCAACAAGCACGCCAAGCUCCUGUUCCUCGGUCUCGAUAAUGCCGGAAAGACGACCCUCCUGCACAUGCUGAAGAACGACCGGGUUGCCAUCCUCCAGCCCACUGCUCACCCGACAUCCGAAGAACUCGCCAUCGGCAACAACCGCUUCACGACCUUCGACCUGGGUGGUCACCAGCAGGCUCGUCGUCUGUGGAAGGACUACUUCCCCGAAGUUAGCGGUAUCGUCUUCCUCGUUGACGCCAAGGACCACGAGCGUUUCCCCGAGUCCAAGGCCGAGCUUGACGCUCUCCUUGCCAUGGAGGAGCUGGCUAAGGUUCCUUUCCUGAUCCUCGGAAACAAGAUCGACCACCCGGAUGCUGUUAGCGAGGAUGAGCUGCGCCACCAGCUUGGAUUGUACCAGACCACGGGUAAGGGCAAGGUUCCUCUCGAGGGAAUCCGGCCCAUUGAGGUGUUCAUGUGCAGUGUUGUCAUGAGACAGGGAUACGGUGAAGGUAUCAGAUGGCUGUCUCAAUACGUCUAAGUCAGCUAGCUCGCUUGCUAGCCAGCUGUUGACUUUAUUGUUGCGAUAUAUCCCGACUACUCUAUUUUUGUUCUCCUAUCCCUCUACUCCCGACGAUCCCCCUCUUAAACGCGAUCCUCUCAUCUUCCUCCGAACCCUCCUUGGAGGGUGUAGGAAUUC